CCAAAGGAAAGGUGGAGGGGCCGGGAUGGCGGCGCCGGGAGGGGGAGCGGGAGCAGCGACGCCGGGAGGGGGCGCGCCCGGGGCUGCGCUUGGGACGCAAGAGGAGGAGGAGCACGAAGUGGUUCGCGUGCGGGUCAAGAAAUGUGAAGGCUUCUUGCAGCCUGAAUUCCGUACUUUUGCUGUGGAUCCACAGAUCACAUCGCUGGACGUGUUGCAGCACAUCCUUAUCAGGGCCUUUGACCUCAAUGGGAAGAAGAAUUUUGCCAUCAGCUACCUGGGCCGAGAUAAACAGAGCCAAGAAACAUAUUUGUCAUUGAUGUCAGACUGGGACCUUGGCAUGGCCUUUGCUGGUGCCUCCAAGCCUUACUUGCAGCUCAAGAUAGACAUCAAGCCUUCAGAGGAUAGCCCCCUGCUAGAAGACUGGGACAUUAUCAGCCCCAAGGAUGUAAUCAGUACUGACCUGCUCCUGGUGGAGAAGCGGUCUUUGGCGGCAGCGGCCCUACCCUUCACCCAGUCCAUCAUCUCCCAGGUGGGCAGGACACUUUCAAAAGUUCAGCAGGCACUCAGCUGGUCCUACGGGGAGGAUGUCAAACCUUUCAAGCCCCCACUGAGUGACUCAGAGUUCCAUACAUACCUGAACCAUGAAGGGCAGCUAACGAGGCCUGCAGAACUGCGUCUCCGGAUCUUCCAUGGUGGAGUUGAACCCUCGCUGCGUAAGGUGGUUUGGAGAUACUUGCUGAAUGUCUAUCCUGAUGGGUUAACUGGUCAGGAGCGCAUGGAUUACAUGAAACAAAAGACACGGGAGUAUGAGCAGGUGAAGGGGGAGUGGGAGGCCCGGGCCAGCCUCGAGGAUUUGGAUUUCAUUCGCAGCAAUGUGCUGAAGGACGUUUUGCGAACAGAUCGCACUCACCCAUAUUAUGCCGGCUCAGAUGAUAAUCCUCACCUGACAGCCCUGCACGACCUGCUAACCACCUAUGCCGUGACACACCCACAGAUCUCCUAUUGUCAGGGCAUGAGUGACAUUGCCUCCCCCAUUCUGGCUGUAAUGGAUAACGAGGCUCAUGCCUUCAUCUGCUUUUGUGGCAUCAUGAAACGCCUGGAGGGCAAUUUUCAGGUAGACGGGGAAGUCAUGUCAGUUAAGUUCUCCCACCUCAAGCUGCUUCUCCAUCACUCAGACCCAGAGUUCUACUCCUACCUCCUCUCCCGUGGUGCCGAUGACCUCUUCUUCUGCUAUCGUUGGCUGCUGCUGGAGCUGAAGCGCGAGUUUGCUUUUGAGGAUGCCUUGCGCAUGCUGGAGGUCACCUGGAGCUCCUUUCCUCCUGACCCUCCUGAGAAGGAAGUGGAGCUGGUGGGCCCACCAGCCAAGCCUGGCGACAGCAGCCAGCCUGUCCGGAGAAGACACAUGUUACGACCAGCUUGCAGUUUCGAGGCAGCUGGGGAUCAGCCCUGCCAGGGGGCUGUUUCUGAGGAGAAGACACUAAUGAAACAGUCUAGUUUUGGGGAAUUCAAGUAUUAUAGUACUCGUAAUGAGGACAGUUCAGAAGAUGACCCAUCGCUCAAAUCACAGUGUUCCGUGGAAGAGGAUGAGGACUGUAGCAGUGAACAAGAUCCAUUGAUCCAGAUUACUAAUGUGGCCAAAUCCUUCUCUGCCCCUUCACUCCGGAUCUUGACGCCACCCUCUCAAGACUCUGUCUCCUCCUCAACCAAUGGCAAUGAGGAAAGCCAGUCUGAGGAGGAAAAGGGGGACUUCGUGAUGAAUACGCCUUCUUCUCCCACCCAUGGGCCUGCUGCUCCAACUCCUCCUGCUGCUCUCAGCCUCCCACCCCCACAGGAGUUUGGCAGAGGCAACCCUUUUGUACUCUUCCUGUGCCUCGCCAUCCUCCUGGAGCAUCGCGAUCACAUCAUCAAAAACAAUAUGGACUACAAUGAGCUGGCCAUGCAUUUUGAUCGCUUGGUCCGCCGACACAACCUGAAUAAGAUCCUUCACCGCGCCAAGGCCCUCUUCGCCAACUACCUGCAGUCUGAGGUCUGGGACUCUGAGGAGGGAGACGAGGCAGCAGCUGAGUCUCCUGCCACAUCAUGACCCCCUUACUCUUUCGAAAUGUGGGGACUAGUUCCCUGCUGCCAUGAUGGUGCAAGCGUCUAUGUGGAAGGGUGUACAAUGAGUCAGCUAGCUCGUGAAGUGUGGUUUGGAGCAGUUACAUUGAAUUGUUGCACUCAAUAUACCCUCUGUCCAGCAUACUGUAUUUUUAACGAUAUCUUUGUGCAACACGCAGUUCGGCACAGACAUUCUAUCACCUGUGCCCCCCACCCUUCCAAGUGCUGAUGAUUUUCCUAGGAAGAUCUGCCAUGGAGCAGCCAGGUUCUUCCCAUUUCCCCUCUCCUAGUCAGUACUUCCCUUGCAUUUCUCCCUCUAUUCUAUUCGCCUCUUUAGUUCUACUGUCCUACUAGAAUGUUGGUUGCAAAGUGACCAUGAUGGACUUGUGACCCUUCUGGAAUCUCUGGAGUUUUCUCUCCUGGGCAGGUUUGCAAGAGAAUUUUUAAUGCUGAAUCCUGAUGUGACUUCAUUUCAUUCAUAGUGUGGCUGUUUGUGCUCGGUGAAAGCCCUGCACUUUCACCCUGCACUUUCUUGAACCCUUUCUCAAAAAUGGGCCUUUUAUGCUAGUUCAAAAUUUUUGGCCCAGGUUUGGGAUUUUUUAAAAGCACUUUAUUUUCUCUAGGGCCUUGUUUUGUUUCUCUUCUAAUACUGUAUUUGUUUUAGCUUGAAAUCACUUUUUAAAAAACUGAACCUACGGCCUUGAAAAAACACGCUGGGUGUGUUUAAAAGCAGACUGGCAGCAUCCCAUUGCCCCUACUGGCUGUUUUUUAAGCCAUGCAGGUUUUCUUUUUAAACUGGGCCAUCUCAAAGGUCCUUUAUGAACUAUUUAAGGGGAGCCAGCUGUCCACUAAAACAAUAGUGAGGAAAAAUAAAUGGAGUCUCAAUGCCACAGUGCCCUUAAUAGAUCUGCUCUUAGGUAAGACAUAGCUUGUGUUUGGCUCACACAUUUUGUUCUAACUAGUGAUCUCCCCAGCUGUUGAAUUCUUCAAGAUUCACUUGCUGAAAAACAAGUCAGAUAUGUUUGGUCAGAUAUGAUUCAUGUUCAGUCAUGGUUAUUGGACCUACUACAUUAGCUGGUCUCUCCAUGCAGAUGCUUGGUAAUGUUGCCAAAUUGUUGGCUUCUCUUGCCAGAACAUUUAGGAACAAAUUCUGUAUUAUAUAGUGGAGAGAAUUCACCUGUUGGAUGUUAAUCCUACCCUGAGCAGUAGCACAUGACAGUGUACAGUAACUGACUUCUUGAUAGAAGAAGAAAAAAGUGUCUUGACUCCUUGAGUUACCAUUCGGAUUGCUUCUGCAUUAAACUGGGUACCAGAGCUCUUGUGACCCAGAAUUAGAAGUGUGAGCACUGAAAGUAGUUUUAUCCUUAGGUUAAAAACUCGGCUGUGCUGAAUUGCACCACUUUUCUUGGACGGAAGUUGGAUUGCUUGGGUGAUUCACUCUGCUUCAUUUACCAUUUUGAUCAAAUGAGCAGAAUGGGCAGAUCUGCUGGUAUUAGCCAGCCAGGUCAAUCAAUAUUCUGUUUGGAAGCAUCAUCUGUUUGUUCUGAUAUGUGCUUUUGGGUCUGACUCCCCUCUUAAAUAAUGUCAUUCCUAUUUUCAGUGACAAAUUAUUCUGAGAUAGCAGGAAAAGGAAUUAUUUUCCCUCCUCCCUACAUUAAUGUUUGGGGGUGCCAGUAUGUGCCCUGUUCAUUCAGUUUCUCUCUACUACCCCUCAGAAUUCUCCAGAAGCACACUUUGCUUGUAGCUGGCUGUGUCCAAAAUUCCCAAGCUGGGAGACUUUGGGGUGGUGGGGGAGGAGGGCAAAGAAAAAAGCUCUGAAAAGCAUCUGUUUGACAGUGCCUGAUAAGUGUCACUCUCUACUCAUAUUUUUUCCACCAGAGCAGCCUUUGUAUUAGCCAAUUUUCUUGUCUUUAGUCUGCUGCUGGCUAGCAGCGGAAGGCAAAGGGGGCCAAUUGACAGGCUUCCCUUCAGCCGCAAGGUCUCAGACAGGCAGCUUCCUAUGCAGAUUGGCUCCUGGCUUGAUUCCGCUGUUCUGUGAAUUCUACUGCUCUGGGAAUGCCCAUCUUAGUAUAGCUAAGAGAGACUCGAAGCAUAACAUUUAAAAUGCCUGCAGACAAAAAAGCAUAAUCCAUUCUUUUUAAAUUUGUAGGGUGACAGGAUUAGAUCAGGCCAAGAUCUUUAAAAAAGCAUUUCCAUCCUUCUGUAGAAAUGACCACUAGAAGAAGUUGCAGCUUAGUUUCGGCUAGGCAAAUGAGCUGCUUUGUGCUCACAGCAGCUGAUAAAUACAUUAUGGUUGUCAUAGGGAUUAGCAUUCCCCAUGGUGUGUUUCUCACCACUGUCUACUCUCCUCUAUAUCACUGUAUGAGCUGGAGCCUUCAUAUUGUACUCAUUAUUGUAUCCCACCUUUUCACAGGGUUCUGACUGGUCUCCGAUACAAGGUGCUAAUGAGAUGAUGUAUGGUCAUGCCAGCUUCAGUAAUGCUGGAGUCUCACAUAUUCCCAGGUCAUUCACUGCCUUGAAUCCAUGUCACCUUUUUGUGGUGGUAGAGGCAGAGAAGCUUACAGUGUAAGGAGUGCAACUUGUGCAGUUCUGCUAGCUGGGUGAGAAGGAAUGGCACAGGCAAUGGAGAGGCUUGGCAUGUGGUUGUUGAUCCAAGUGGCAACCGUAAUUUCAAGACUGGGUUCUUAUUAUCUCUUUGUUUCCUGUCAGCAUAGCUGGUUGUUCACUUAUUAGGAAGCAUCGUUCAUAAAGAUUAUGUCCUCCCACCCCGCUUCCCAAAUGGAGGUUGUAGGGGAGUUCAUUUCCCACAGAGAAUACUCUUGCUGAAGGAGGAGAGAACAUUUAUGCAGUUGACUAAAUCCAUCAUUAAGCAAGCUGAUCUUUGCUGUUCCUGCCUCCAGCAAUUCCUUGCAGGCCUGCCAGAUCUACUCUGGAGGAUCACCCAGCUUGCUAGAGUAGAUCUGGGCUACAUGUGUGGGGUUGUAGAGGGAGGCAAGACUUGAUCCACCAGCAGGUCUAUUCUGCUGGCAAAAGCACACUACGGGAGGACUCUUCUGCUGACCAGAAUAUCUACACAGCCCUACAACUAAAGGAUCUACUGGUCAUAUCAUGCAGGCCAAGAGGGUGUCCAUCACGUUCCAUGGACACAUGCGUAGAAUGAGUAGUACCUGCAUGAGACUGGGAUUUAAACCAGUUUGGUAUCCUUGGAUGUGAAGGCAGGGCAAGAAUGAAUGGAGGGAGUCUUAACUAGGACAGGUGAACUCAUCUUCUGCAACCCACUAGUCCUUGACUGGUCUGGCUUGACAUGAGGCCAGGUUUGUGGUCUGUUACCCUGCUGAUCUAUUUGACUCAGAGUAUUACCAAAAGGUAACCACACUUUACAACUACCCUAAAUGGCUGGAGCCCUUCUUAUGCUGUAGGGUGCAGAGUCGUCUUCCUUCAUUACUUUGGGGACAAAGCAUGCAACCCAGCAUGACAUUUAUUGUCAUUACAUUUGUUCCCAUCUUAUUUUUUAUCCCAUUGCAUGUCAUAAGAAAUUGAAUGUGGGCAGAAGGCGACUUCUAGGUGAGCAACCAGAGGUUGUAGGUUCUCUCAAAAGUACAAUCCAACCUACUUCUUUUGGAUCUCUAAUUUGUGGGUGAAGAACUUGCUUUGCCUUCUUCAGUGGACAGACAGGAAACCCCUUCGCAUAUUGCUGCUCAUGCAGAAUGACUGCAACACUAUCUGUUACGUAGGUCCCUGUGUGUCCAACUUUUAACAAUAAGCUAAUCUCAGACAAACACUUGAACCUUCACAUAGAGCUUGUGAAGGGUGGAUCACAGACCCCCCUUGGUGGUUUGCUUCCUACAUGGUGCUAUUGGAGUCGUCAUGUCUCAGCCAGGUUCCCUGGGUUAUGUUUCGCUUCCUGAUAGCUCUUGCUUAACAAUUGGGAUAGUUUUUUUAAUAGUUCCCCUUCAUAUGAGCACAGGAUGGGCUUGGGCUUCUACCUUUCCCCCAUACUCAAGAAACUUCCUUUGGGAUCAAAUCACAGCCUGCCUCUUUAGGUUUAAGACAUAGACAGCAGGUGGCCAUAGUAGAGUUGCCACUGCCUAUAUAGCCACAGUUAAUUUGUUCCAUUGUUAUCUUUGGUCAAACAGAUUUUUGCAUUCUUUCAAGAACAUGCAGAAUCUAUGUGACCAACCAUGAGAAUUGGCAGGAGAAAAGAAGCUCUGUACAACAGAUGACAAUGCCUCCAGCAGAUAAACAUCAGCUUCUUUAAUAUCAUUGUUUGCCUCCAACCUUAGACAAGCUGCCUUCUAGAGGUUUCAGCCAAAAGUGUCUUGGUUCUCCAAGUCUGCAGAGAACAAGCCUAUGUUACUCUAGGCUUGUCUAACCUGGGGUCCCCCAGAUGCAUUGAGUUGUAACUCUGAAAAGUAGCCCCAGCCAGCCAUAUUGGGGCUGUGGACUGCUGGGAGUUGCAGGUACACACAUCUGGGGGUUGCCAGGUUUGGGUCCCCAACAUCUCCUUAACUGCCACCUUCAUUGAUGUACUGCAUAUGAAGGACUGAGCCAGUUUUCUGAAGGAAGCAAAUAGCGACUUUGAAUGAUACUAUGAAAAUAGCUAGCUUAUGAAUAAGAGAGAAGAUGCUUAAUUGAUAAAACUUGUAGUGUUGGGUCAUACCUUGGACAUUACCUGCCUUGGAGUCUCCCUUGACAUGCUUGCCCGCCCCACUACACCUCUCUUCCUUUACUGACAUCACCAACUACCCUUUCCUGCUACAGGGUGCCUGCUUCUUUGGAGAUGGGCUUAAUCCAUGGCUUGCAGUUCAGUGGGAUGUUCUUUUGCAAAAGCCUCACUGAGACAAACACAGUCUCUUGUGCAGCUCCUGGUUUCAGUGAGGUUUUCUCAAGAGAACUUCAGAAUGGGUGAUCAUUAGCAAGGGUAGUGAGCGGUGGCAUGCUUUGCUCCUGGGCAUCUGCCAACGUGGAGUUCUGCUUAACAUGGGUGAAUAGCACAUUACUGGGUUUAAUCUUUGACUUUUCUUCUUCACCCCCCUCCCUACAUCUAAUUUUGACUUUAUUGCCACAUUUUCAAUACUUUGAUAGCUCUUAGGACUACUACAACUCAUGUUGGAAGCCAAGCAGCAGUCUCUGUUGCUGUAGCUUUUCCACACAUUUGUGAUUUCAUCUUCAUUUUCUGUGAUUUCAGCUUUUAAGGCCUCCUGCUGUGAUUGGUGCUGACAGCCAAAUUCUGUUGGAUUUCCUGCACAUCUUCUCUCCCCAGUCUUUCCUGCCCUGAAACAAGACCUUUAACUUAUCCAAACCUCUUGUUCUGAGUUAUAUUUAUAACUGCUUAUUUUACUCUCCCUUUGUAUUAUUUUUGUGCUGCUUAUUUAUUUUUACAAGCCUUUUUAAAAAUGUGGUGCUUUAUAUUUUCAGGCCGGGACUUGCAGACAACACAAAGACUUUAAAGGAAGGCUGUAUGUGGUUCUGGGGACUGGUUGCGCCAGAAUCUCAGUGUGUGUAUGUUUGGCCUGAUUUCUUUUUUGUAUAAUUACUUGUUUCAGCUUCCCCUGAGCCCCCAUAUGGAUGAUGAAUUUGCUUGAAGAGCAGAAGCUGAAAAAAAAAACCUUGUUGAAAAUAAGGUUCAAAUUGAACAUUCAUCAUACAGUGGUGUCUUAUAAUGUGUGUAGCCAGAGGUGCAUAACCUGUGGUUACCUCAGGCAGAUGAUUGUUGGUGUGCUGUUAGGGGUUACAGAACUGGGGACCAUCUGACCCAUGGGUCACAAUGCAUAGGGAAAUUCUACCCAAGCCCCAUUGAAAUGAAUAGGAGCAUAAUAGUGUUCUUGCGUUCCAUUCAUUUCUGUGGGGUUUCUACAAGAGAACAUCCCAGUGGAUGGUGUCUCCUGUUAAUUAAGGAGAGGAAGGAUGCUAUUUGCCUUUUCUGCCACAGGUACCCAACUAUGUUGCCUUGGCCCUCAGUGCAGCCACAGGGUUUUAACUGGAGAAUUAUAGCUGGUGUUCAUCUGCUCAGAAAAUGGAAAUCUCUGGGCUGCUUUAUUGGCAGCUCAACCCAUCUUUUGAAAAUUGUGAGGACUUCCCACUUUGGAGUCCCGCUAGGAUCAUGCCUUUGGGACAUGCUUGUUUUGUUCUUUUCCCUGGGAUUCAUUGGGUCAGGAAUUAAUUCCCAGCUGGCCCAAGCAGAAAAGGCACUGCAAAGAAGUGGUGAUUAGGAGGGAUGGCAGGAACAAAGCUUUUGUUCUGAGUUCAGUCUUCCCCAAAUCCUUCCUCUCAUGGAGCAUUGCAUUCAUAGCGUAGCAUGCUUUAAGGAACCCUCCUCAUGGAAACUGUUCUAACUCAUGAAUGUAACUUCUUUCUGGUUUGAUCCCCCCUCCACUUUUUAAUGUAUUAUUAAACUGAAACGGAUGUUUUUCUUUCAGGCCUCAGGCACUUUUGUCUACCCUUGUUUAAAAGCUAAUGUGAUAAAGGAAUGAAAGUCUAAAUAAAGCGGUGCUGCUUGUU